CUCGAGCUGCUCGCAAAAGGCGGUUGUUGCUGCUGCCGCUGCUGCUCCGGCUGCCUCCUCCUGCCUUCGUUGCUGUCCGGACUGAGCGCUCAGCAUGGAGAAAGGGGGCUUCAGAAGGCUCGGCAGGCUCUUCCACCAUAAGAGCGACUCCGAGCCGGACUCCGAGCCGGACACGAGCAGGGAGACGCCUUUGUCGUCCCCCUGCCCUUCUCCGUCGCUUCAGGGCAAGCGGGAGCAUCGCCGCAGCAGGAGCCCUCCAGGCGCCGACUCCGGAGAGCGCAAGAAGCGCUCGGCUUUCGGGCACUGGCGCCUCAAGAAGAAACACAAGGACCCGCCGGCGGCGGCUCUAGAGACCAGCAGCAGCUACGGGGGCAGCGCACCCGCUUCGCCUUCGCUCUCCUUCUCGUCCUACUUCAGUCCGUCCGAGACCUCGAGCGCCCGGAGCAGUUAUUUUGACAUGCCCGACACGCAAUAUGUUGCUCAGGAAAAUCAGCUGCCACCUCCAGUUCCUUUGCAAGAGACACAGUUUGCUUUUGCUAUCCCAAUGGUUGAGAUAUCUACUUCGACACUGCCAGCAUCAUUUAGAAAGUCCAAAACACACAGUUCAGAAUCUAAAGAAGAAAACAAAAAGAAAGCAGUUUUGGGGAAAUUUGGAAACUUUUUCACUACAGGGAGAAGGAAAAAUCCGAAAAACACGUUAGGAGCUUCUUUAAGGCCAACUGUUAUAGGUGAAACAUCAGGAUCAGUAAAAAAGGGCAUAGCUCCAUUGGCAUCGAUAGAUUUUGAUGACCUAAAAGAUCUGUCUAAAAGUGAAGAGUCUCUUAUUGACAAGAUUUGUGAUCAGAGCCAGUCAAGGAUACAGUAUCCUGUUGAAGAGGCAGAAGACUUCAUCUACAAAAGGGAUCUGACACCUUUGUAUAAUAACAUUGUUUCAGAAUGGAAUACUAAAGGAGUUUCUUCUGACAGUGAAUGUUCAACUGAUUCGCACAGCAGCAGUGAGACAAUUAAAAAUACGUUGUUCGAUAGCAAUCUUACACUCCAGACAGUGGAACCUGAGAAAGAUCUUGUCACAGACACAAUUAAAACCACAACUCCAGAUUUCUUUAAAAGCUUAACUAAUAUACCCAGUGAGGACCUGGAACAUAGCUUAUUAAAUCACAAGCAACUAGUGAACGCACACACAUUUGUAGAAUCGGAAUAUGCAGCAUCAAAAGAUCAACCAGCCAUUUUGGAAUCAAAGCCAAGUGAGCGUGUCCACCCUUCUAAAGUGUUGACAUUGGAUAUUUUUCUUCGUAGAACUGAACAACAUUUGAAUGAGCCAGUGACUAUAUUAGACGACGACUGUAGCAGUGACGACACAAUGGAUAAAAAGUCUGCAGUGAGAAGGUCUGGAAAGAGGAGAAAAUCUCAGUCAUCCGGUGACAUGCCAAAUGGGGAUAGAAAUGUGACUGAGAAUACAACAAAAGAAGAACCUGUUUUUGAUAGUACUCCUGCAGAUCUGGUUUCAGAAAAAGCAAAUGACUCCGAAAGAAAAAUUAAGUCUUCUCAACAGAUUAAUUCUCCCACAGCUCACCAUGACAUAAGGGCUGGAAGUAAUCACAGAGGGCUUAGUAAAACGGAGUUGGAGAAGAGCAAACAGCAACUUCCAACUUCAUCCCCAUACCGGAAAAAGUCAGUUAAAAAGAAUCCAUCUGAUGCAGGUCCUCUUUCACCCACAGGCUUGAAGGGUCAUGGGAAAGAUUCUUCUGUCAAAAGACAGACUGAAGGUGCAAUUGAUGGUAACCUGACAAGAAAAUGCGCUUCAGUAGAAAAGCUUUUUUCUGGAGAGAGCAUUAUAGAGACAUCCAGAGUUACUUCCAUGGGCAACAGAGGCAACAGCACUUCGCCACUUUCUGAAGGGAGCACAGAUUCUAAGGCAUCACAUCCUGUUAACAACUCUGAUGGCAGUGUGCUGUUACACACUGACAAGCAUAAAAAUGGUGAAAUGGGAACACCAAAUGGAAAGCAAACUUCCUCUGACUGGGACAGCACAAGGCAGAGAAAUACGUGUUUUGAUGUUCCCAGAACUGUCACAACAAAAGUUAGCCUUCCAGCAAAACCAAAGAAUAUUGAAUUAAAUCUUAAAGCUUCCCAAACCCUGGAAGAUGCAGAAAAUGAGCAAAAUUCCAUGGACAAAACUGUCAAAAUUAACUUCAGUAUUGCCAAUAAAAUUUCUAUGUUUGAAAACAAGCAAAGCACUCAAAAUCAAUCUGCUGACGUCUCUUCUUCAAAAAAGGGUUCUAUAUCAAAUACAUUUGUUGGUAGAGCAAAGUUGAAAUUUGGGAAACAGACCAUUGAAAGUGAACAGACUAACAGAAUAACAAAUAAAUCAAACAGUCGGCAGAAGCCAUUGCAAAAUGGCACAAAAAUUAAAGAAGCCUCUUCUUCAAAUAUAAAGAUGAAGUCUGAAGGAGGAGUCCAGGCAGGCAUUUCAGCCAAUGAGGAAUUUGGAAAAGCCGCUAGAUCUCGGCUUAAUCAAAAUGGUAACAUAGAAGACAACCAAGUGAGUGUUCCUGUGUCUAAAAAAAUUGAUGCAGACUUAGCUGAGGACAAUUUGCUGCCUAAAACUGCAUCUUUACCACAGAAUGAAGAAAUUGAAACCUCUCAAAAUGACAUUAACAGGAGUAUAAAUGCCAGAUCAACAUAUCCUGAAAGUGUGGAGGAACUUUCCUUGAACACAGAGAUCUAUCCCCCAAGUAAAGAUGAUAACUGUCUCUUGCAAUCUGAUCUAGUGCCCAGAGAAUCAGAUUUGGAGCACAGUACAGCUUCUCGGUUUGAAAUUGAAGACAAAAAUGCAAAUACUGUUUUUGAAAACAUACAGAUGUUUGAGCAACAUAUGAGUGAGCAGCAAAAUCCAAGCAAUGGUUCUAAUGUUCUUAAAGCUGGCCAUGAUAACAUUUGUGAUUCCCCUUCAGACAUGGACAAGUUUACUGAAACACUUAAAAAUCUAGACAGCUCUGUUUGUAUACCUCAGAAAAAGAAAAGACCCAAAGUUCCAAAGACUCCUGCCCCUCACUUUGCUAUGCCUCCAAUUCAUGAAGACAAUUUAGAGAAAAUAUUGGACCCCAAAAUAUUUACACUUGGGUUGGGAAUAAAGAGAGACAAACCCCAAGAUCUAGCCCCAUCAUUACAGCUCAGAUUGCAAAGCCUAGAAACAGAUGCUAGAGUCAGACCCAAGCGUGCCUCCGCUGAAAAUAGCAUCCUUCUCCAAUCACUGAAAGCAUCCAACAGAGGUGAUUCUAUACUCCAGGAAAUGAGUGGGAAAGAGAGCAAAGAUAAUACAGAUGGUGAUGUGAAGAGAUCUCGACUUGAGAAUAGUGCCAUCUUCUCAAGCCUGCUAUUACCUGCAACCAAAGAAAAGGUGUUUACACCUUCUGUCACAUCUGUAAACACUAUCACAACAUCUUUUGCAUCUCAGAAGAGUCCUGAUUCCUUAGAAGUACCUCCUCUAAGAUUUGGUAUAGCUCAGAAAUCAGAGUCUCUUUCAGGUUUCAUGGCUCCAAACUAUAUGGAAAAAUAUUUGCAAACUGAUGAUGCAAAAAAAGAACGAAGUUUACAGUUGCCAAACUUUGGAAACUCUGACACCAGUUUUUCAAGCUGGCUGAAGUCUGGCCAAUAUGAACCAAAUGUCUCCCUUGGUUUCUUAGAUACAGAGGUGUUUUCGGGGAACAACCAAAAUAAAAUUAAUCCUAGACCUGGGAAGCUCAUGAUAUGCAGUAAAUCAGAUCCUUCUGAGAACACUGUUGAAGUUUUUCAUGAUGAGUUGGAUUGUACUUCUUGGAUCCUGCCACCUGUGAUCUUAGUUAAAGUCAUCCGAGGAUGUUGGAUUCUAUAUGAGAAACCGCACUUUGAAGGUCCUUCUAUUCCUCUGGAGGAAGGAGAAUUAGAACUCACAAACCUUUGGGGAGAAGAACCUUCUGACAACCAAGAUGAGUGCAGACCUCCUGAGCCUGCAGUAAUUGGUUCAAUCAGGCAUGUAGUUAAGGAUUAUAGAAUUUGCCAAAUUGACCUGUUUACAGAACCAGAAGGGUUAGGUGCGGUAAAUCAAUAUUUUGAUGACAUUGAAGAAAUACGAAUAAUUGGUAAAUCACAGAAGACUUGUUCUAUCCAAGUGCAUUGGGGCAUGUGGCUGAUUUAUGAAGAACCUGGUUUCCAGGGAAUCCCUCUAAUGCUGGAGCCUGGGAUAUAUCCUAAUCUAUCCUUUUGGGAAAAGAAAGAAGCAUAUAUUAGGUCUAUGAGGCCCUUGAAAAUGGGUGGACGCAAAGUUGAGUGUCCUGAAAGCCCAAAGGUAAUUGUUUAUGAAAAGCCAUUCUUUGAUGGGAAUCACAUAGAACUUGAUUCAGAAUUAGUAGCUCUAGCUGAGGAAGAAGAUAAAAAAGAAGAAUCGGCAGAGCUGGAAACAAGGCCACUCGCAUCCAUAGGAUCCAUAAAAGUGACGGGAGGAGUUUGGAUUGCUUAUGAGAAGCCAGGCUUUGCAGGGCACCAGUAUUUGCUGGAAGAAGGAGAGUACCAGGAAUGGAUGGAUUGGGGAGGUUAUGAUGAGCAGGUGCAGUCACUGCAACCUGUCCUAGGGAGUUUUACACAGCCUCACAUGAUAAUGUAUGCUGAAAAAGACUUUGGGAUUAAAAGUCCCAAUAUAAACGUGUUGGGAAUCAUCUCCAAUUUGAAGGACACUGGCUAUGGACUGAGGACACAAUCCAUAAACGUGUUAAGUGGAGUGUGGGUGGCUUAUGAAAAUCCUGACUUCACAGGAGAGCAGUAUAUCCUUAAUAAAGGAAUGUACCCCAACUAUGAGGCUUGGGGAGGUAGGAAUUGUAAGAUAUCUUCAGUUCAACCCAUAGUUUUGGAUAAUAUAAGUGAUCAUAUGGGGAAAUUUAAGGUCCAGUUAUUUUCAGAACCAGAGUUCCUGGGGAGCAGUCAAAUAUUUGAAAAGGAUACAUCUCAGAUUUUUCCUGCUAAGUCUUCAAAAGUUUUAUCUGGCAGUUGGAUUGCAUACGACAAGGAAGAUUUCUCUGGUAAUCAGUAUGUGUUAGAAGAAGGAGCCUAUCCUGAUCUUUCUGCAAUGGGUUGCCUACCCCAAACAUGCUUGAAGUCUCUACAAGUUGUAAAUAUUGAGCUUUCUGAGCCAGUCAUAACCCUUUUUGAAAAGGAAAACUUCCAGGGAAAGAAAAUGGAAUUUACUACAGAAAUUGUAAAUCUCUCAUUUCUUGGCUACAAUCCUCAUGCAGCUUCGGUACAAGUUCAUGGUGGCAUAUGGGUUAUUUAUGAACACAAUAAUUACAGAGGCCGUCAGAUUUUAUUAUCACCUAGAAAAAUACCAAACUGGUAUGAGAUAAGUGGCUACCAUAGAAUAGGUUCUCUACGACCCUUACUGCAGAAACGAGUGUACUUCAGACUUCAAAACAAAGAAACAGGAAAGUUCAUGUCAACUGAUGGAAACCUAGAUGACUUGAAUCUUCUGAGGAUACAGGUUGUAGAAGAUUCUAAAUCUGAUGAGCAAGUCUGGGUUUAUCAAGAUGGAUUCAUCAAAAGCAAAGUAGCAGAAGAUUUCUGCUUGACAAUUGUAGGAAAUCUCAUCACUCCUGGUGCAAAACUGGGCCUGGCACUUGAGCAGAAUGAAGAAAAACAAUUUUGGACUAUUAAGCCAGAUGGCAGGAUCUACAGCAAGAUGAAGCCAAAUUUAGUUUUAGAUAUUAAAGGAGGAACACACUAUGAUCAAAAUCACCUCAUUGUCAGUUCAGUCAGUGAAGACAAGCCAACACAGUGCUGGGAGCCAAUGGUUAUGUAAACAAAUUCCACUAGGAACCGAGGAACAGCCCUAUCUUAACUCGGAUAUGAGGAGUGGCGGCAGAGAAGACAUCAGAUCAAUGCUUGUGCAAGCUUCACAGGAACUUCAACAGCAAAAUGUAAUGCUCCCCAGCAAAUUGUGCAUGUGUGAGUGUAUUCCUCGAUAAAAACGAACAACCCUUCCCCUACAGUUACUUUUUUCUUUAUUCAUUAUUAAAAUUUAUCACCAGCAGUUAUGUCAGGUCAGUGAUAACUUAAAAUUGCAAAUUAAAAUGUAUUCUGGAUUAGUAAUUAAUUUCCAAAGAUCUGUUUUAAUCCACUAGUGUUGUGGGAUCUAUUCUGAAACAUAAUUUGCCUUUUUGCACUGGAAUGUUUUUAAAAAAUAGAAAUUCAUCUGUAAGUACUCCCCCCACCCCACACACACAAUUCAGAUCAUACAGGUAAUAUUUCUAUUUUUACAAAGUUGCUGUUGCAUGUUCACAUAUUUUAGUAAGGUAAAUAAAUAUUUUUAAGUCUAUGAUUGCUAUCAAGAUACUUAGCUCAGAUGUUUAUAGCAAACAGAUUAGAAUGCCAAAUGAGCUUAUCAGCUGUUAAAAUUUGCCCAUUACAUAUUUGCAUAGCUGCCUUACUUUAUACAAGUAUUAUUUAGCUCUUUGUAAAGGCGCAAGUGUGUUUCUUUCACCUUUAAGUGUAGGAGGGUUUUUUAUUUGAGUAUCAACCUGAGAACCAAAUUUCAUUAAAAAAAAAAUUAAAAACUGG